AUGGAUUUGGCGGACGGCGGAGACAUACUGGACCUCAUCAAGAAGGACGGGGCAAUCCCUGAGCCCAGAGCCAAACCGCUGUAUAAAGGGGUGUCGGAAGCCAUCAAAUACAUCCACACGAAGGGCUUCGCGCACCGGGACAUCAAGAGUGAGAACAUUCUGCUGAAUAAAGACAGAACUGUUGCCAAAAUCGGUGACUUUGGCUUUUCGCGCACCUGUUUUGACAACACCACAGGACAGAGAGUCCUGAGUAAGACCUACUGCGGCAGCGCUGCCUACGCGGCUCCAGAGAUACUCAAAGUGGAACCGUAUAACCCGAUGAUCAGUGAUGUCUGGUCCAUGGGAGUGGUGUUAUAUGUGUUGGUCAACAACAGACUGCCAUUCGUUGCCGUUAACGACAAUUUGAAAGAUCUGUUGAAACACCAGUUGGAAAAGAACAUCAAUUUUGACCGCAAAUCCCUGACCCCUGAGUGCAAAGAGCUCAUCCAAAAGCUACUCGAGCCCAACGUUAAACAGCGCUAUACUAUGGUUCAAGUGCUGGAGCACCGGUGGUUCAAAUGA